AUGAAGGGAGGCUUCACUUCACCAGCAACGUCCAUGAGCGCAGGCGAGAAGCAACCCCUUAUCACCCCACCAAGCUCGAGAAAGCGACGCUACGUCCUUGUCAUCCAUGGCGGUGCAGGCACCAUGCAGAGGGAGAACUCCACGCCUGAACAACGGGCCGCCUACAGAUCUGCCUUAGCAGAGGCCUUACGGUCUGGUUAUCAGGUCCUGAGUCAAUGUGGGGAUGCCAUAGACGCUGCGGUAUCUGCGGUAUCAGUUAUGGAAGGCAAAGGCGCUGUUUUCAAUGUAGACGGCAAGAUAGAACUCGAGACCUCUCUCAUGUUAUCGAAGCCUCCGGCAUCGCACCCUGAAAUUCCCCGUUCACGACGUGGACUUGGACUCACCCUACUUACUCGCGCCAAGAAUCCUUCUCAACUUGUCCGGACUCUGUACUGCAACCCUUCGUCUGCACCCCAUUCGUUUCUGUCCGGAAGUACUGCUGAAAGGAUUGGGCAAGACCUUGGAGAAACUCUCGUCGGCCCGUCGUAUUUCUUCACAGAACAUCGAUGGCGAGAACACCGUCGUGGCUUGGGUCUUCCCGAGGAGCCAAUACUUAUUUUUGCAGACGGCGAAGGUGCAGAAGAUUCCGUACCCCUUCUCGACCACCUUCCGACUGGGACCGUUGGCGCCGUAGCACUGGAUGUUCACGGAUGUAUUGCGGCUCUGACAUCUACAGGUGGGCGCACCAAUAAACUUGUUGGCCGAAUUGGCGAUACCCCGUUAAUGGGAAGUGGAUAUUGGGCCGAAGAGUGGAAGAGCUCAAGCUGGGUCAAGCGUGUGUGGAACAGGCUCAAUCGGCGAGGAGAGAUAAGAGCUGUUGGUGUCUCUGGCACAGGGGAUGGUGAUUACUUCAUCCGCCACGCAGCAGCCGUAACAGUUGCUCGUCGGAUUCGCUACCUGAAUGAGUCGCUGGAUAAAGCCUCGCAGGGAGUAGUCGAGGACCUGCUAAAGGAUGGUGGUAUUGGAGGUUUAAUAGCGCUUGACAAUCGCGGUAAUGUCAUCUGGAACGACAACGCGAUAAACUGGGCGCCUGUAUGGUGUGAUAUUACAUCCAAGCUAAUCAUUGGGGUCUCUGUUGCCAUCCCUGCUGCUUCCCUGUGCAUAAAUCGUCGACUGUACUGCAUUGCAGCAGUUCGUUCAGUUACAAGGACCCGCACGGAGAAACGCAGAGCGAUUAUGAUUGACUUGGCCAUUGGUCUCGGAAUUCCUAUUCUCGUUAUGAUUCUUCACUACAUCGUCCAAGGCCAUAGAUUCAACAUCUUUGAAGAGAUAGGAUGCUACCCCUUUACAUACAACACCCCACCCGCCUACGUCCUUGUGCACCUGCCACCUCUUCUGUUGGGCCUGACUUCAGGAGCCUACUCCAUCAUGAGCAUCGUUGCCUUCCGCAAGCGCCAUGCUGAGUUCAAAGAAAUUCUUUCCUCGAAUUCCAAUCUCAACGCCAACCGUUACUUCCGACUUAUGGCUCUCGCUGGUAUCGAAGUAAUUUCAAGUGUGCCUCUGAGCACAACCGCCAUCAUUUUGAACGCUACCAAAGGACAAGUCCAGCCUUGGAUCUCCUGGGAAGACACUCACUGGGGAUUCUCCCGUGUGGAUCAAAUUCCGGCCAUGAUGUGGAAGGCCGAUGUGACCACGAAAGUUUCGCUGGAGAUGACCCGCUGGCUAGUCGUCGUGUGCGGCCUCGUAUUCUUCCUGUUCUUCGGCUUCGCAGACGAGGCACAGAAGCACUACAAGCUCGCUUUCUCCUCCGUCGCGAAGCGAGUUGGCUAUUCAACUACUGGUGGUGCCAGUACCAAGGUCGGAUCAGGCGUCACGAGCUCAACUGGCUACGGCAAGACCAAAGGAUCGGCCAAUUUCGCCAGCUCGCAAGGAGCUGAUAUGCCCAUCUAUGUUUCGCAGGAGACAAUCGAGAAGCGCGACUCUCUCGACUCGCUAUCGGACAUGACAUCUAUUCGGGACACGAGCGACUUUGCAUCGGAAGCUGGCUCGAAUCCUUCCUCGCCUUUUAGCACCCUGAGGAAGAACUCCGCCGAGAAAGGACUGAAGCCUCCAGUUGUUUCUUCCUCAGCAUCGACUCUCAGUUCAAUGACGGCUGUCGACGCGAAACCCCAAUCCUCAGAUCCUUCUUCCCCCGCCUCUCUUGCACCACCCGGCUCCUUCCUCGAUCUUACCGAUGCGGAGGCACCUAAACCUGGGAAUGACAACAAAGUCUAA